GCGCCCCGGCGGGCGCAGCGCACCAUGCCGCAGCUGGACUCGGGCGGGGGCGGUGCGGGUGCAGGCGACGACCUCGGCGCGCCCGACGAGCUGCUGGCCUUCCAAGACGAAGGCGAGGAACAGGACGACAAGAGCCGCGACAGCGCCGCGGGCCCCGAGCGGGACCUGGCCGAGCUCAAGUCCUCACUGGUGAAUGAGUCCGAGGGCGCGGCCGCGAGCGCCGGGGUCCCGGGUUCCGGAGUCCGGGUGCAUGGAGAGGCCGAGGGAGCGCCCGAGGCCCUCGGACGAGAGCACACUUCGCAGAGACUUUUCCCGGACAAACUUCCAGAGUCCCUAGAGGACGGCCUGAAGGCCCCGGAGUGUGCCAGCGGCAUGUACAAAGAGACCGUCUACUCUGCCUUCAAUCUGCUCAUGCACUAUCCACCGGCCUCGGGAGCAGGGCAGCUCCCCCAGCCUCAGCCCCCGCUGCAUAACAAGGCUGGCCAGCCCCCCCAUGGCGUCCCCCAACUUUCUCCACUCUACGAACAUUUCAGCAGUCCACACCCGACCCCUGCACCUGCGGACAUCAGCCAGAAGCAAGGAGUUCACAGGCCGCUGCAGACCCCUGAUCUCUCUGGAUUUUACUCUCUGACCUCAGGCAGCAUGGGACAGCUCCCCCACACUGUGAGCUGGCCCAGCCCUCCUCUCUACCCCCUGUCCCCUUCCUGCGGAUAUAGACAGCACUUCCCUGCCCCCACUGCAGCCCCUGGCGCCCCCUAUCCCAGGUUCACCCACCCGUCCUUGAUGCUGGGAUCCGGUGUACCUGGACACCCGGCAGCCAUCCCUCACCCAGCCAUUGUACCCUCCUCAGGGAAGCAGGAGCUGCAGCCGUACGACCGAAGCCUGAAAACACAGGCAGAACCCAAGGCGGAAAAGGAGGCUAAGAAGCCAACCAUCAAAAAACCCCUCAAUGCCUUCAUGCUUUACAUGAAGGAGAUGAGAGCCAAGGUCAUUGCAGAGUGUACCCUCAAGGAAAGUGCUGCCAUCAACCAGAUCCUGGGUCGCAGGUGGCACGCACUGUCUCGAGAAGAGCAGGCCAAGUACUAUGAACUGGCCCGCAAGGAAAGGCAGCUGCACAUGCAGCUGUACCCAGGCUGGUCAGCGCGGGACAACUACGGAAAGAAGAAGAGACGGUCAAGGGAAAAGCAUCAGGAGUCGACCACAGACCCUGGCUCGCCUAAGAAAUGUCGUGCUCGCUUUGGCCUCAACCAGCAGACGGAUUGGUGUGGUCCGUGCAGGAGGAAAAAGAAAUGCAUUCGGUACUUACCCGGAGAAGGCCGCUGCCCCAGCCCCGUUCCUUCCGAUGACAGUGCUCUAGGCUGCCCCCGGUCCCCAGCUCCCCAGGACUCACCCUCGUAUCUUCUGCUGCCCCACUUCCCCACAGAACUGCUUGCUAGCCCAGCGGAGCCAGCACCAACCUUCUCAGGGCGCUCUGCAACUCUCCCUCUUCCAGCCUCUGAGUCCCCAAAGAGCCUGCACAGCAGCACCCUGCAGAGUACCCAGGUACAGCAACAGGAACCUCAGAGACAGGCAGCCUAGCAUGCACAGGACGCCUGGCUUGCUCCAGGGGCCACCCCUAACUCAAGAGGAGGCAGCAAGACCAGAUCACUCGGAACCAGCUAGGGGUCCUCUCUAAGGUGCUGAAGAUUUCAAAGGCCGCCUAACGACUCCCUGAACUGGAGGCCAUCAGUUCAGUGGGUAGGGAUAAGAUCUGUGGAGCUGUCUCCAAAGGGCAGCCUGGUGCCCGUGGCAGCCACACCUUUUUAUCAUGUCUUGCUAGCUCGAAGCCCCUACUGGUUUUGGUUUUGUUUUUUUCUUUUUUCUUUUGCUGCAGGUCAGAUGAGCUGGACUGACUGAGUCCAGCUGCCUUCUCCCCAGAUGCUUCUCUUGCCCUCUGCCACACUUUCCCCAUGCCAGUACUUCUUGGACCAAGAAUACCUGGUUUACCACACAAGAUGACUUCGUGGUUGGUAACCAGCCACACAAGUCUAAAUAAUAACGCUUCUCUCUUAAGGAGCUGAGAAGCUCUGUUUACAAGUAACAGCUGCUGUUCCUAAGCUGGGCCAGAGGAAGCUUCUUAUGUGUUCUCAGGAGCUUGCAAGAGGAGGAACUGGGAUAGGUGAAGUUUAAGGCCGUUCACCCCAGGCACCAACCCUCCCCACUGGUGGACAGUACCCAGCUUUAAUUAGAAUGACUGGGACGUCUUUCCUGAGAAACUCACCAGCCCUAGAAACUACAGUCAAUCAAUUGAAGUUGGCCUAAACACAGUGUGCACCCUUCCCAGUUCCAUCUCCAGCUCAUCUAUGUCAGCUGAGUCACAGCUCGUGGGCAAAUCCCAAAUCCCCAACAGCCAGAGCCCAUCUCGGCAUUUAGAACUGGCCAGCCAGCUUCACUUUAUGGGGCUGCAGGAAGAGAUCUGUUACAACCAAAGCAAGGAGCCCAUAAGACCUCUUUAGUGGACAUGGUUCUUUGCCACAUUCUAGAAAUCCUUUUUGAGCCAAACUUAACCUUGAGCCUUGAAAAACAAGUUUUGUUUGUUUUAACUGUUUUUUUUUUUCAUUCACUGUAUAUAGCUUGAAUCCAAAGAAAAGGGGUUAUUCAUGUAUUCUACACACCUUUAAAAAAAAAGCCUUUAGUUCCUACUUUUAGCCACUGGUUUCUCAAUCCAAAGAUCAUGUUUCUAGUAUAGUGUUACAAGUGUUGAAAAGACUGGCAGAGUGUGGUGGUACACACCUAUAAUCCCAGUAUUUGGGUGGUAAAGGCAGGUGGAUCUCUCUUGAGUUCCAGGACAGCCAGGGUUGUAUAGAGACCUUGUCUCAAAAAGGAGGGGAAAAAAAACUGAUGUAGUAUCCAAAAUAUUUUUGUAUUAAUGCAUUAUCAUAGAAAAACUUUUUAAAAUGAGAAUAAAGAUACUUUUUACUGGGUUUGUUUUUCA